UAUUGGUUCUUUGGCUUAAGUAUUUAUCAAAGUCGUAGCUACAGGCUUGAAGGCUUUUAUAAAAUUUUCGACGUUGGGUUGUCCCCCUAGAGCUUGUCAUUUUGGCCGUUUUUUGACGCGCUUUCAUAACUUUCUCGUUACGCACUAAGAUUGGAGGAAGUAAUAUAUUAAACGACAUGCUAAAACAGUCUUUGCGGUGCCUCUUAUUGUGUUCAGUUUUCGAAAACCAGAGGUGGUAUUCCCAGUAAUAGCAAUUUGUUUUUUGUUCGCUUCAAACGCUGCGCGAACUAUUGUUCCUACAACCUUUCAAAAUAUUUUGGGAAAUACAACCGUCUGUUUUUGCUACAUAAGUCAAAAAAAGCUUUAGCAGCCAUUUACAAUGAAAAGUUUUAUUAUUAGGAACGACAACAGAAUAUUAGCUCUCGACAAAGCAUUGGCCGGUAUAAAUUAGUGGUUUUUGAGUGGGAGCUAUAUCGGCUAAAAGAAACUUAGCAAUUUGGCGGCAAAGUGGUUCGGACGCUUGUUACCAUAGGAACAAGUCUCAUGGCUUGACGUUACCUCGGUUACCAGCCCUCCUGUUCCAUGGCCCUUCUCUGUCCUUCAUCAUUUUCAUUUCCUCUUACAACCAAUGUGAGAUACUUAGCAAGAUCGACUCCUCUGUGUGACUACUGAUACCGACGUUGCCUUGUCUCGGUGUUAAAGCUUGGGCUUUUAAUUGCCUUACUGUGGAGAAUUGUCGAGCGCCGUUCUGCAACACUACGAAGGCCAAGAAAUAAGAGGAAGCCUCGAGGAUGAACUGAAGAGGAUAACUGGCGAAUUUGAGGUUUAUGAUGCCACCAAUACGCAAGCCAGAGAUGGAUAAAUUGAAGGCUCCUUCUAAACCUUAUCUGUCUCUGAGUAAAUCUGUUGGAGGUGCAAGCUUUAGAAGCUCCUUUGAUGAAAGCACAAAAAUAAACCUGAGCAGUAGUUGUUUUAGUGCCAUCAGAACAGAGAAGGGAGACCCUGAUGAUGACUUAACAAGCCUUAACUGGUUGCAAAGCAAUGACAUUUUGAAAGGCUUUGAGGUGUCGGCGACAGUGCCGCCCAUGUCCCCUAGGAGGGACACAAAUGGCGACAUUCUUGACACACCCCCUAGAGGGGGACAGGCAAAAGGACCUAUCUCACCAGACAGUUUGGCAAACAAACAGAAGAGCCCAUCAAAGCCUCCUUAUUCAUUCUCAUCUCUUAUUUUCAUGGCUAUUGAGGAAGCACCCUCAAAGAAGUUACCUGUGAAAGACAUUUAUAACUGGAUCAUGGAACAUUUCCCUUAUUUUCGGGAUGCGAGACUUGGAUGGAAGAACUCAGUUCGGCACAACUUAUCUUUGAACAAAUGUUUCAAGAAAGUGGACAAGGACAAAGGGCAGUUUUAUCUACAGAAUGUUGGUAAAGGAUCAUUGUGGACGGUAGAUCCUGAAUAUCGUCCAAACCUUCUGCAAGCUCUAAGAAAAACACCAGCCCUUCACCCAUAUCAUCAUCUUCUAACCACACCACCACCGUCACCACAGAACAACGGAUCUGGAAGCUCCUUAGGAAGCCAUGCUGGGAAAAUUGAUGUUGAUCCUGAUGCAGAGGCAGAAGCUGUGGCCACAAUCUGUAUGAUUAGUACACCUCCUGAAGUGAGAGUGGCAGAAAUGGUGCGAUGCCAAUCAUGUCCACCCUCUGCAACUGACAGAGAGGACCUCUUGGUUAAAAAAGCCAAAGAGUUUUUGUACAGACACAGAGGAUCAUUCUCUGGUGCUGUUUCCAUGGCAAAGGACAGGAAUUCAUCCUUGCUAAUAGAAUCCCACAGAAGAAACAACAGAAAACCCCUGUCAUCAUCUCUCAGUAAGAUUGACACUGUGAGGAUGAGGCAAGACAUUUCACCCGACUCGUCUCUUGAUGGUGAGUUUGAGUUUGAUCACCAUGGCGACUCGGAUGACGAAGAUGACAGUGAAAUUGAAGAGACCAUGGAGAAGGUUGUUAAGGAUGAGCUGAGUGAUAAGUUGAGUGACAGUGGUUACGGCCAAGGAUUUGAAGAUGAAAUUGAAGGAAAGCGCACAGCUAGCCGGGACAGGCCUGCAUCGUGUAUUAAACGGGGCCGCAAAGAUAGCACGGCUGAAAAACUGAAUGAUAUCGCUGGUGCUGACGCACUGCUGGAACUGGCAAACUCUGCAUUUAUGCCAUCACCGAGUGUCACAUCUGGUACAUCAAGCCCUGUCCCACAAGGCUCUGCAGCUGCAGUAAGCUAGCACAUGUUGGAUGCGAAGCCUUUGCAACAAUGAAGGAGUGCUGCAGCCAAAGCAGUGUUGUGCUGGGCUCUCUCUUUGUAUCCCUCUGUUUUGCAGAUGGUCCAAUGUACUCUGGUUUGUUAUGUUGUAUGUAUGAGAUGAAUAUUGUUAGACAACAGUCCAUUGAUUGUAAUGACAGAUUCCAGUGAUCAAGUGAUCAUGGAGCAGUGAAAUUCAAAACAUUUUAUUUGCUAAAAUUGAAAUAAGUAUGACUUAUUGACAGGGAUCUUAACGUUAGGGGUUAGUGGGUGUAGCGGCCUAAAGAAAGACAAGCUCAGAAGUUACCCUUUCACUCUCAAGAGUUCGAAAGUCUCAAAUGACCUUAAAACAAACAGUACCACAUGAAAGUACUGCUCAGCUUUCAUUUGAAUGGUCGCACACUAGGGUUUCAUCCACAGACAUAAAAGUGACAACCAAAUCAAAAGUAUACAGUCCAUAUAUAUAUUGCAGGCUUGACUCUGAGAGUAAAUGAGUCAGUCAUAUGUAAAGGCCAGUUACGUCAAUAUAACGACCUAGAUUUUAUCACAGGAACGAUAAUAUCUUGAUCCAGAGAGCGGGAAAAAUUACUUCACAAAACUGGCAUGGAGGGGUUUUGUAUUUGAUCAAUAUAUUUUGGCUAAAAACAAAAUACAUACCAAAAAUAUUUCAAGUUGUACUUGCAGUAGGCAAGUCUACUUUAAAACAGCCAAUAUAAUACAGAAAAGUUAAGUGUUAUAGUAAUGGUUCCAGGGUAGUAAGUAUCGUGUUUAAGGUAAAGUUGCUUUCUAAAAGGGAUUUUACAACAGUCAGACCUUUAAUUCUAGAGUUGUUGUUAGACUGAGCAAGGAAUUGUCCAGCUGGGGUGAAAAAGUGAACAGCUUAUGGCGAGGGGUUAACUUUUUUUAAAAAUUGCAAAGUUGUUGUUGAAAUAAUUAUGCAAAACAAUAUCUCUUUUUUUAGAAUAAAAAUAUCAAUUUUGUAAUUAAGAUCACCAGAGAGAAAUUGAGAAAUAUGCCUUAGUAGACUUUUGGCCUGUAUAUAUUUCGUGGUAUCCUGUGGACAUAUUUAACGAUGGACAAGUUAAUUUAAAUUGAUUCGUUAUGGUAUUGUUUGAAGUACUGUAGUUAUUAUCCUUUCAAUAUCUGUGCUAAUUCUACGACAUUUUAGUCCAUAAAAAAUUUAUUCAGACAACCGUGCCAUGGUGAAAACCUUGUCAUGGACUCCAAAAUCGUUUUUGAAUUAUGCUUUUACUGGAGAAGUGUUGGAAACAACUGUACUCAGUGAAAAAAAACAGCAACACAAGAAACCUAGUGUAGAGGAACACCAUUACGUAGGAACAUGUUCCAUAUAUGGUGAUCUUCCACACAGGGGCAUCAUACGUACUGACAUCUAUAUAGGAGAAUCUUUGCUGACGUUAUUGUUUACAUUUUUCCUCAUUAACAUACGACUUUGCGUACAGAAGGCAUCACGCAAGACACGCAUUGACUACGAACAUUUAAAGAAUUUGUGAAACUUAGUAAUUGGUGAAAUUUUUGCUUCUGUGGGUGUAAUAUUCGAGGAGAAAUGGGCUUUCAAAACCAGCAAGAUCUCUGGAUGGCAAAAGCGCUAAUGAGUUCAUACAAUCUUUGUAAAAUUUUGAGUUUUUAAACCCGCGUCGCACAAAA